ACCUUCCAAGCUUUGACGAAAUAAAGGAGGAAAAAUGGCUUUUCUGGAUAAUCCAGCCAUUAUUUUGGCCCACAUCAGACAGUCUCAUGUGACCAGCGAUGAUACAGGAAUGUGUGAAAUGGUACUAAUAGACCAAGAUGUUGAUCUGGAGAAGUGCCAGCUGACUUUGGUGCCCGGCAGCAGCUGUGAAUCAGCUGGGUCGGGCACCCUAAGCGAUGGGAGCAGCAGCGGAACGGACAGUCAUGCCUGUGACCUCUCCCAGUCCAUGGACAUCACCUCAAGCUGGGAUUUUGGUAUUCGUCGACGCUCUAACACAGGAGAACAAGAAGACAACCAAGACAAACCUGGGGCUGCUGCUCAAAGACUUGAAAGGCUAAGGAAAGAACGCCAGAAUCAAAUCAAAUGUAAAAACAUUCAAUGGAAAGAGAGAUCAUCCUCACAAUCGGGGGAGGAUCUAGGAUCUUUGUUUGAGAAACAGGAUUUCAGAGACCGGCCGCGGACAACAGGAGUCAAAUCGGCCCUUUCACUGCGGCUGGAGCAAUGCCCUCAGCAGCUCAACAACCCCUUUAACGAAUACUCCAAAUUUGAUGGAAAGGGCCACAUUGGUACAACUGCAACAAAAAAGAUAGACGUCUACCUAUCAAUGCAGAUGGCUCAGGAGAAAAUACAUCCAAUGACUGUGGUGACCAUCGCCAACGCCCGUGUGCAUGACCUCAUUGGACUCAUCUGUUGGCAGUACACUAGCGAGGGUCGGGAGCCCAAGCUCAAUGAGAAUGUGAAUGUGUACUGCCUCCACAUUGCUGAAGAUGAUGGCGAGGUGGAUACUGACUUCCCACCUCUGGACUCCAAUGAGCCGAUCCACAAGUUUGGUUUCAGUACUCUGGCACUAGUGGAGAAAUAUUCAUCACCUGGUCUUGCUUCCAGACAGUCCCUGUUUGUGAGAAUAAAUGCUGCACAUGGUUUUUCUCUAAUACCUGUGGAUAGUCUGAAGGUAACCAUGAAAGAUAUUCUGCAGAAAGCACUCAAAAAGAGAAAAGGAUCCCAAAAAGGUUCAGGUCCCAUGUAUCGCCUGGAGAAGCAGAUGGAGCCUAAUGUCUCAGUGGACCUCGACAGCACACUGGAAAGCCAGAGUACACUUGAGUUUUGCCUGGUCAGGGAAAAUAGCUCUAGGGGUGAGGAAAGCUCAGAGGAAGAUCCUCCUAUAGACAUCACCUCAGUCCAGGACAUGCUGAACAGUCACCACUACAAGUCCUUUAAGAUCAGUAUGAUUCACAAGCUGCGCUUCACCACAGAUGUCCAGCUGGGUAUUUCAGGAGAGAAGGUGGAGAUUGAUCCCGUCACCAAUCAGAAAGCCAGUACGAAGUUCUGGAUUCGUCAAAAACCCAUCUCCAUCGACUCGGACCACCUCUGUGCCUGUGACCUGGUCGAGGAGAGAAGUCCUAGUCAUACAAUAUUUAAGAUCACCUAUCUUAGUAACCAUGACUACAAGCCUCUCUACUUUGAGUCCGACGCUGCUACUGUCAAUGAAAUCGUACUAAAGGUGAACUAUAUUCUGGAGUCUCGGGCUAGCACGUCACGGGCCGAUUAUUUUGCUUUGAAGCAACGGAAACUGAACCGCCGGACAAGCUUCAGUUUCCAGAAGGAUAAGAAGACUGGACAGUAAUGAAAGAGACGUGUGCAGGAACUGGUUCGUCUACAACAAGGACAGUCUGUGGAGGCCGGGUCUGGCCUAACAGAACGAUGGACUAGAGGAAACACGAAACACAGAAAAUGGAGAAACUCCUCACUAGAUGUGAUCAAAAACAGACUUUUCCAGAAACAGGUGGAAAAAUUUCAAAUUGAGACUUCUAUGUCGCCAUCAGUUUUUUUUGUUGUUUUUUUUUUAAAUUCACUGCAUCCUUUCUGUAGGAUGUAUUUGUCUCAACUAUUUCAAAUAAAAAUGCUCAGAAAGGACA